AUCAUGAAGAGAGUUGAAGGAAGAACCAUGGUCAUCCAUGAGCUUCUCUUGAAAGUUGUGUUGCUUGGGACCAUCAUAUUGGGUCCAUCCCACAAUCAAAUUGCAGAAGCUGCUGAUUCAAUGACCAAGGCCGGAUGCCGAAGUUCCUGCGGCAAUCUAUUGAUUCCAUACCCCUUUGGAUUGAGCGACAGUGAUCCCCAAUGCCGCAUCGAUCGCUCAUCAUUUAUUGUCUAUUGUGAUAACUCUACCAGCCCUCCCAUACCUUACAUGUGGAACAAAAGUUCAAAUAUCGAAAUACUCGACAUUUUUGUCAAGGAUCACGAGCUGCGCAUUAAUGCUUCGAUCGGUCAAGAUUGCUAUAACUCUUCUGGCCCUGAUGAGAACUCGAGCUAUUACCCGCGCUUGCACCAACCUGAAUUCCCCAUAUCCAGCACCAAGAACAAGUUCACCGCAGUCGGUUGCGACACGAUGGCUUUUUUCCAAGAUCCCGGUGGGAAUUUCUCUUUCGGUUGUGCGUCUUUGUGCAGCACCAAUUCGACCGUCAGCAGCGGGCCGUGUUCUGGUAUUGGUUGCUGCCAAGCAAGCAUCCCUAGGGACACCUUCAACUACGAAAUCUCCAUCUGGAGCUUUUCCAAUCAUUCGAAUGUCUUGGAUUUCAAUCCUUGUAGCUAUGCAUUCGUCGCAGAAACUGACGUCUACAACUUCUCAGUUAGUGAUCUUUCGCGGCUUAAAUUUAAUGAGUCCGCUCUAGUUCUCGACUGGGCGAUAGGGAAUCAAACAUGCGAGGAAGCCCAAAAGAACAGCACGAGCUACAUGUGCACCGAGAACACCAAUUGCACGAAUGCCGAAAACGGAUUUGGGUAUAAGUGCAAUUGUUUAGAAGGUUACCGAGGCAAUCCUUACCUCACGAAUGGUUGUCAUGAUAUUGAUGAAUGCGCGGAUCCCAAGAUGAACAAGUGCGAGAGAAAGUGCCAUAAUAUUGAGGGGAGUUAUACAUGUCUUUGCCCAAAGGGUUAUCAUGGUGAUGGCAAGAAGGUCGGUGGAGGUGGACAAGGAUGCAUUGCUAAUUCAUCACAUUUGAUGAAGAUUGUGGUUGGUGGUGCUGUGGGCAUAAUAGUGCUGCUUUUCAGCAUAGGGUUUCUAUAUUUUGGAUACAAAGAAAGGAAGCUUAUCAGGCUCAAAGAACAAUACUUCAAGCAAAAUGGCGGCUUGCUUUUGCAGCAACAAUUACAUGAACGUGACAGAACCACAAAAACUGUGAAAAUCUUCAGCGCUGAAGAGUUAGAGAAGGCCACUGCCAAUUAUGACAAAAGUAGAAUCGUCGGGCAAGGAGGAUAUGGUACUGUUUAUAAAGGGUUGUUGCCAAAUAAUAUGAUAGUUGCGAUUAAGAAGUCUAAACUUGUGGACCAAAGCCAAAUCGAACAGUUCAUCAAUGAAGUUAUUGUGCUUUCUCAAAUUAAUAAUCGUAAUGUGGUCAAGCUUUUGGGAUGUUGUUUGGAAACUGAUGUGCCUUUAUUGGUGUAUGAGUUCGUCGACAAUGGAACUCUCUUUGACCAUGUCCACAACCCAAAUAAAUCAUCGAAGCUGUCUUGGGAGAUGCGGUUGAGAAUUGCUUCAGAAACUGCUGGAGUCCUAUCAUACUUGCACUCCACAGCUUCCACUCCCAUUAUCCAUCGAGAUGUCAAGUCAUCAAACAUCCUUUUGGAUGCUAACUACACAGCAAGAGUCUCUGACUUUGGAGCUUCAAGAUUAGUCCCACUUGAUCAAACACAAUUGUCCACCAUGGUUCAGGGAACAUUAGGAUACUUAGACCCUGAGUACUUUCACACAAGCCAAUUGACAGAAAAGAGUGAUGUUUAUAGCUUUGGGGUUGUUCUAGUUGAGCUAUUGACAGGGAAGAAGGCGCUUUCUUUUGACCGACCGGAAGAAGAACGGAGCUUGGCAAAGUACUUUCUUUCAUCAUUGAAAAAUGACAAAUUGUUUCAGAUUGUUGAGGAAGUUAUUGCAAAUGAAGAAAACAAUGAACAGGUGAGGGAAGUUGCCAAUCUUGCCAAGAGAUGCUUGAAAAUAAAAGGUGAGGAGAGGCCGACCAUGAAGGAAGUAGCAAUGGAAUUGGAGGGGCUCAAAGCAAUGGCUAAGCAUCCAUGGGUCAAUGGUAUUGAUGUGAAUCCGGAAGAGAUGGUUAGUUUAUUAGAAGAGAAGCCCGAUGUGUACAUGGAUAGUAUUGUGACCACAAGCACUGGGUACGCAGAUAGCAUGAAAAGUCAUGUCAUGCCGCUUGAUAGUAGUGGCAGAUGACAAACAUAGGUUAUGGUAUAUACCUGGGUAUGUUGUGGUUGCACUAGGUCUCAGAUUGACUACACUAGUCAUUUGAUCAUUUCGCAUUGAAACUAGUUCACCAAAUGGUUUCUAUCCAUGGAAGAGAACUCUUGAAAAAUAUAGCCUUAUAAUAAAGUCAGUGUAGUGAUUCAAUCAGUGUUUUUGUGAAUGUAGGAUAAUUUAGCUUGAGAAAGCUCUGGACCCAAUUUAGUGAGAAAAUGUAAGUAUGGUUUCCUCCUCCUACCAUUUCUUGGUGGGGCUAUCGAGAUUUGGGAGUUAUCCUGUCUUUUGAGUGUACCGAAGUUAAAAUGAUAUGAGACUCCAGAUUUGUGUUCGCUCA